GGGAUCGCUGCGAGGGCCGGGGCGGGCCGGGCGGUGGGGACGACCGACGGCGACUAUGGCCGCGGCGGCGGGCGGCGGCGGGCUAGGGGCGGCGGCGGGCGCCGCGGGCGCGGGAGGCGCGGCGACGGCCGCGGGCCUGGCCGUUUAUCGGCGGAAGGACGGUGGCCCGGCCAGCAAGUUUUGGGAGAGCCCGGAGACGGUGUCCCAGCUGGAUUCGGUGCGGGUCUGGCUGGGCAAGCACUACAAGAAGUAUGUUCAUGCGGAUGCUCCUACCAACAAAACGCUGGCUGGGCUGGUGGUACAGCUUCUUCAGUUCCAGGAAGAUGCCUUUGGGAAGCAUGUCACCAACCCGGCCUUCACCAAACUCCCGGCAAAAUGUUUCAUGGAUUUCAAAGCUGGAGGCACCUUGUGUCACAUUCUUGGGGCUGCUUACAAGUAUAAAAAUGAACAGGGAUGGCGUAGAUUUGAUCUACAGAAUCCAUCCCGAAUGGAUCGGAAUGUUGAAAUGUUUAUGAACAUUGAAAAAACAUUGGUGCAGAGCAACUGUCUGACCAGACCCAACAUCUACCUCAUUCCAGACAUUGAUCUGAAGUUGGCUAACAAAUUAAAAGAUAUUAUCAAACGACAUCAGGGGACUUUCACUGAUGAGAAGUCAAAAGCUUCCCACCACAUUUAUCCAUAUCCUUCCUCACAAGAGGAUGAAGAGUGGUUGAGACCGGUGAUGAGAAAAGAUAAGCAGGUGUUAGUGCAUUGGGGGUUUUACCCAGACAGCUAUGAUACUUGGGUCCAUAGUAAUGAUGUUGAUGCAGAAAUUGAAGAUCCACCAAUUCCAGAAAAGCCAUGGAAGGUUCAUGCGAAAUGGAUUUUGGACACUGAUGUUUUCAAUGAAUGGAUGAAUGAGGAGGAUUAUGAGGUGGACGAGAACAGGAAGCCCGUGAGCUUUCGUCAGCGAAUUUCAACAAAGAAUGAAGAGCCAGUCAGAAGUCCAGAGAGAAGAGAUAGGAAAGCAUCAGCUAAUGCUCGAAAGAGGAAACAUUCGCCUUCCCCUCCACCUCCUACACCCACAGAAUCCCGGAAGAAGAGUGGAAAGAAAGGCCAAGCUAGUCUUUAUGGGAAGCGCAGAAGUCAGAAAGAGGAAGAUGAGCAAGAAGAUCUUACCAAGGACAUGGAAGACCCAACACCGGUACCCAACAUAGAGGAAGUGGUGCUUCCAAAAAAUGUGAACCCAAAGAAAGACAGUGAAAACACACCUGUUAAAGGAGGAACUGUCGCAGAUCUAGAUGAGCAGGAUGAAGAAACAGUCACAACAGGAGGAAAGGAAGAUGAAGAUCCUAGCAAAGGUGAUCAGAGUCGCUCACUUGACCCUGGAGAAGAUAAUGUGACAGAGCAGACCAAUCACAUUAUUAUUCCUAGUUAUGCAUCAUGGUUUGAUUAUAACUGUAUUCACGUGAUUGAACGGCGUGCUCUUCCUGAGUUUUUCAAUGGAAAGAACAAAUCCAAGACUCCAGAAAUAUACUUGGCAUAUCGAAAUUUUAUGAUUGACACAUAUCGCCUAAACCCCCAAGAAUAUUUAACCAGCACUGCUUGUCGGAGGAACUUGACUGGAGACGUGUGUGCUGUGAUGAGGGUUCAUGCCUUUUUAGAGCAAUGGGGGCUUGUUAAUUACCAAGUGGAUCCAGAAAGUCGACCCAUGGCAAUGGGACCUCCUCCUACUCCUCAUUUUAAUGUAUUAGCUGAUACCCCCUCUGGGCUUGUGCCUCUACAUCUUCGAUCACCUCAGGUCCCUGCUGCUCAGCAGAUGUUAAAUUUUCCUGAGAAGAACAAGGAAAAACCAAUUGAUCUGCAGAACUUUGGUCUUCGUACUGACAUUUACUCCAAGAAAACCUUAGCAAAGAGUAAAGGUGCUAGUGCUGGAAGAGAAUGGACUGAACAGGAGACCCUUUUGCUCCUGGAGGCUCUGGAGAUGUAUAAGGAUGAUUGGAACAAAGUGUCAGAGCAUGUUGGAAGUCGUACUCAGGAUGAAUGCAUCCUCCACUUUCUGAGGCUUCCUAUUGAGGACCCAUACCUUGAGAAUUCGGAUGCUUCCCUGGGGCCCCUGGCCUACCAGCCUGUCCCUUUCAGUCAGUCAGGAAACCCAGUAAUGAGCACUGUUGCUUUUUUGGCAUCAGUGGUGGACCCUCGCGUGGCAUCUGCUGCAGCAAAAGCAGCUUUGGAGGAGUUUUCUCGGGUCCGAGAGGAAGUGCCACUGGAACUGGUCGAAGCUCAUGUCAAGAAAGUGCAAGAAGCAGCACGGGCUUCUGGGAAAGUGGAUCCCACCUAUGGCCUGGAGAGCAGCUGCAUUGCAGGCACAGGACCUGAUGAGCCAGAGAAACUUGAAGGGGCUGAAGAGGAAAAAAUGGAAACAGAUACUGAUGGUCAACAGCCUGAAAAGGCAGAAAACAAAGGGGAAAAUGAAACAGACGAAGGGGAUAAAGCACAAGAUGGAGAAAAUGAAAAAAAUAGUGAGAAGGAGCAGGACAGUGAAGUUAGUGAGGAUACCAAAUCAGAAGAAAAGGAAACUGAAGAGAACAAGGAACUCACUGAUACUUGUAAAGAAAGAGAAAGCGAUCUCGGGAAGAAGAAAGUAGAACACGAAAUUUCCGAAGGAAAUGUGGCCACGGCUGCCGCAGCUGCUCUCGCCUCAGCUGCAACCAAAGCCAAGCAUCUGGCUGCCGUGGAGGAGAGAAAGAUCAAGUCUCUGGUGGCCCUGUUGGUUGAGACACAAAUGAAGAAAUUAGAGAUCAAACUUCGACAUUUUGAGGAGCUGGAAACUAUCAUGGACAGAGAAAAGGAGGCUUUAGAACAACAGAGGCAGCAGUUGCUCACUGAACGCCAGAACUUCCACAUGGAACAGCUGAAAUAUGCCGAAUUGCGAGCCCGGCAGCAGAUGGAACAGCAGCAGCACGGGCAGAACCCUCAGCAGGCACACCAGCACUCAGGAGGACCUGGCCUGGCGCCGCUUGGAGCAGCAGGGCACCCCGGCAUGAUGCCCCAUCAGCAGCCCCCUCCCUACCCUCUGAUGCACCACCAGAUGCCACCACCUCAUCCACCGCAGCCAGGUCAGAUACCAGGUCCAGGUUCCAUGAUCCCUGGGCAGCCCAUGCCAGGCCGCAUGAUUCCCACCGUUGCAGCCAACAUCCACCCCCCCGGGAGUGGCCCAGCCCCUCCUGGUAUGCCUCCAAUGCCAGGAAACAUCUUAGGACCCCGGGUACCCCUCACGGCACCUAAUGGCAUGUAUGCCCCUCCGCCGCCGCCGCCACCGCCGCCGCCGCCGCCCGCCGAUGGAGCCCCUCCGCCUCCCGCUCCAGGCCCGCCCGCCUCGGCCGCCCCUUAGCCCGGAGGAUGCAGGCAGCGUCCACGCCCAGCGCCGGCAGCUGCAGGGGGAUGACGAGACUUGUGCUCCGCGGCUUCCUCGGGUUUCUUUUAGGAUUUUUCUUCUCGCGGCCCCAAGCACGCAUCCUGUAUUUCCCCGUCCCUCUUGCCAGCCCUCGCCGUGCUCUGACGCGUGCUGUGUCAGGUCCUCCGCCGGCACCGGGGGGGUGGGGGGUGGGGGCGGUAGCCUGCGUCCCCCUGUCCUGGUGUGGGGUAUACUGACCGUUUCUCCGCGGGUCCUGUCAGCACGAGAAGUUCAUGUCUAUUGUUUUGGUGCUCUCCCCGCAGUGUUUGGCUUUGUCUGAUGCUUAUGUGGCUCAUGCUUUAUAAUCAUUUUUUUUUUUCUUUUGUCAUUGUUGCUUUAAACGAGAGCAUCCUAAGUUCAUAGGAACCAAAAAAAAAUGGUAAUGGGCAGAGGAAGUAGCCAGAAGGGACAAACCUAAAGGCAUUAUAAGUGACCUUAUUUCUGCUAAUCUGAGCGAAGAUUGGUGCUGAUGGUGAAGUUUCAUGAGACUUUUGCCCCACAUAGACGCACCAAAAUUCAAAGAGAUGGGGACGGGGGGACCCCACUGAUUUUAUUCCUGGUGAGGAAUGGGAGGACCCCCGCCCCCGUGGCCCCUUUAGUACCUGGUAGGGGAGCGCAGAAGCGUUAGAGCAGACCUCCUCCUCUGCCGGGCCCACUGGUUCUGGCUUAUUGUACAGGUGAUUUGUUGGGUUAGGGGUGGGAUCUGGGGAGGCGUUUCUUCAUUCCCUAGACUAGCCAGGAACAUUUGAGAGUCUAGGGACAUGACUACCCACUGAGUCUAGUCCACUAGUCACUGCUUUGUACUCAUUCUUUUUUUUCCUCCCCCUCUUUAAAAAAAACCUUUAAAAAGGACAAAAAAAGUAAGUAGAUAGUGCUAAACAUUUUAGCUCAUGGAACUUGGUUUAGGAUGGCUGGGGGUUCAAGUCCCCGAACUACCUCUUGCAGUCCAGGGUGAGUGGGGUUUAGUGAAGCGGUACUUUAGGUUUGGGAUGGGAUUGGAGAAGUGGGGCAGAAUCAAGGGCCUCGUCCCUUCUCCCUUCCCUUUCUGACAUCUCACAUUCCAUCUGUCGCAGGGUUGUCAGGGAGAUGCUGGGGGGUUCCAAGGCACUCAGUUGGCAAUCAGAGCGUCAUGCUUUGAGGGUUGGGGUACUCGGACUGAGAGAUCGGAAUGCCAUUCCAGAGGAGGAGCCACAAACAUGCCUUAACUCGAGCCCAUUUCUACCCCUGCUGAUGAAUUACUUGAGAGUUUUGGUUCUCUCUUCCUGUCCUUCUUCCCUCCCCUCUAUCCUUCCAUGGAUGGGGGAAGGGUGUGUUUGGUGGAUCUUGAUUUCCAAAGCACCUGGCCUCUUCAUGUCACAUUCUCAAGUGGCAGUUUUAUUAUUUAGAAUGCAAAGUGGAACACCUUUUGGAUAUCUUUUUCUAUAUAUUCUGUAAAGCUUUACAUACGAGAGGGUGUAGGGAGGUGUUUGUAAAACACCUCAGAACUUUCUUCCUUAGUAUCAGAAAGCAAAAAAAUAAAUAAAACCACAAUUAAGAUUUGCCUUUCAAACCCUCAGGUGUUGCCUCUAACCAGGUGGCCCUGGUCACCAUCCGAGUACUGGAACCAAGGAGACCUUGUUCUUUUGUGUGUGUGUUCUGGACUCUUGGAGUGGAAAUGAGCUUGUUCCUGCUGGAGUUGAGUUCCAAUGCAUUUGCCUCCAGAAAGAUCCCAGUGCCUUUUGACAAUGGUCAGGGUGUUCCCUAAUUCCCGCCAGUCUUUCCCAAAGGAAACUCAUUCCAAAUACUUACCUUUUCCACUGGGGUCUUAGAAGGAAAAUGGAAUUCUGGUUCAUACUGUGGUCCCUUGUAACCUCAGGUCUUUAUUGUGAUCACUUUCAAAUUUAAAAGAUCCAGGUGGAAAUAUUUUUACUAUGCUGAUAACAAUUCUACAGAAUACCUGAAUUCUUAACACUGUUAUGUUUCAAUAUAAGUGGUGACUUUUUCUUUUCAUGUCUUUGAUCUGGUUUCGUUCCUGUAAUAAAGCCACCCAAUUUGAGGGGGUGGGGGUGGGAAUAAUACGUGGUUUUUGUACAAACGUGUUUCUCAGUGUGUUAUUUUGGAAAAAUGAAGGGAGGGGAGUUUUGGGAGAUUAGAGGAAAUUGAUCAAGAAGACCUAAUCUCCCUCUUUUUUAGUGAAUAAAUAGAACAUUUCUGGAUUCUAGUCCCAUUCUCUGCAUUCACACACCAAUCUCUUCAUGUGUCCUAUGAGGAGCCUAAAUAUUCAGCCCCACCUGGUCCUGGUCCGCAGUGAGUUCAGCAAUUCGGGGCUUUCUGACCGACCACCUUGAUGAUGCUUAAGGAAGAUACAGUUAAAUGUGCCUUGCCCACUCUUUUCCAUGGUCAAAGUGAAGAAAGAAGUGUGGCCAACAUCCUGGCACCUCCAAGAGAAUGAAUAGUUUUGUUUGGCAAGCUAGAGCAUGUCUGUCAGGAUGCAGUUUAGACGGCCCUAAGUUGGAGGCAGGCCUUGAGGGCAGUUGGUUCCAUGAACCUGGAUGUACUUCUAAGGACAGCCUUUGAGCACCCACAGGCACAAACCCUGUGCAGAAAACAGGAAGAAGCCAUUGCCUUCGAGAGGCACAUGAACCCAGUGAAGCAAAACCGGUGGAUUCUGUGCAGAGUUGUGACCGCUUGACUCCUUGCAGAGGUGUGCUGGCCGCGUUGUGUUCUGCUGCCCAACCUGUUCCAACUUACCUGUAGUACACGGUGCUAGGAGCAGCAGGGUCUCCCAGAGUUCCUGUACUUCCCCAGGGUGAUGAAGGAGGUUAAUCCUUGACCCAAACUAAAGACUGGUCUAUAAACUUGAGUGUGAGUUCUUUUUAAAGUAUAACAGGACAUGUAUAAUCAACCAGUCUUUCACAGGUUCCUCAGAUCCUUACUGUGGAGUGGUUCCCCCAAAUGUAGUUAAGGACAGUAGUUUGCCAACCUCAGGACAGAUCAGGAUCACCCAUAGGAUUGUUCACAGACAAGCUGCUCAGCCCCACCCUCAGAACUGAUUGAGCAGGUCUGGAGUGAGUUCUGAAAUACUGUGUUGUUUAGAGGGGGACAGAGGGAGAAGGAGAGAGAGAAUCUUAAGUAGGCUCCAUGCUGAGGCUCAGUCUCACCACCCUGAGAUCAUGACCCGAGCUGAAAUCAAGAGUCGGAUGCUUAACCAACUGAGCCACCCAGGCGCCCCUGAAAUACUGUGUUUUUAACAUUUCCAGGGGGUCCUGAUGCACCUGGGCAAGGGACUACCCUUUGAGAACCACUAGUUAGGAAGGUUGUGUGGUACAGCAAGAUCUCUGUGGUUCCUGACAGUUCAUUCUUUUUUUUUUUUUUUUUCAAUUUGACAGAGACACAGCGACAGAGGGAACACAAGCAGGGGGAGUGGGAGAGGAAAAAGCAGGCUUCCCACCGAGCAGGGAGCCCGAUGCAUGGCUCGAUCCCAGGAUCUUGGGAUCAUGACCUGAGCUGAAGGCAGACGCUUAACAACUGAGCCACCCAGGCGCCCCGCUGACAGUUCAAUCUAUGCGUUCCAUUCGUCCAGUAAACAUUUGAGGGCCUCUUAGGUGCCAGGCAUUUGACCUUGCAUGCAGUGAAGUCAUAAUUAUGAAUAAGGUAGGCAAGGCCCCUGCACUCCAGGCCACUUACAUUCUUGUGGGGUGGGGGAUACAAGACAAUAAAUAGUAAGAAAUAGGAUUAUUUUGGGGGCGCCUGGGUGGCUCAGUCGUUAAGCGCCUACCUUCGGCUUGGGUAAUGAUCCUGGGGUCGAACCCCGCAUUGGGCUCCCUGCUCAGCGGGGAGCCUGCUUUUCCCUCUCCCACUCCCCCUGCUUGUGUUCCCUCUCUCGCUGUGUCUCUCUCUGUCAAAUAAAUAAAUAAAAUCUUAAAAAAAAAAAAAAAGGAUUAUUUUAGAUAGUGCCAAGUAGUCGUGAAGAAAAACCGUGUAAUCAAAGAGCUUUCUGGGGGAUAAUGUAAAUAGUCUGUGAAUUGGAUGUGUUUACAUGAUUUCUGUCCUGGGUGUGGUAACCUGAGGGUUCACCUUCAUUCCAGGAAGACCUCAUCUGAAUAAUCAGAGCACCCCUUUGGAUACACAGUGCCUGCCCUGAGAUUUCCUUCUGCAAACCUCUCUGCCUGUGACCUUUAGUUAACCCUGCUUUCUCUUCUCCGGCUCCUAGAGCAUAGCUGCACUUCACUUGGUCCUGUUGAAGGAGGACUUACUGGGAACAAGGUGAAAGCAUCUUGCUCCGCUGUGAAUGGAUGGUCUCCAUCUAAGGAAAUCACCUUGCAGAAUAGGAUGGAAGCCCAGGACCCUCAGUGUUGGAUCUCCUUGUGAAUAGCUCCCCUGGACUUCAUUUCCUGGUGGCUUGUUUUUAGGCCUGCCACCUCUCUUUACUAGGAAGCACCUUUGACCCUGAAUUUGAAACCGAACUGAGACAGUAGUGACCAAAAGGAGUCCUAUGAAUAGGCUUAACCAGAGGUUCCGAAACAAAUUAGAGCUAGCUCUCUCUCCCCGAGACCCCCCAGCCCUUUCCAAUCCAUGGGACCCCAAGGGGAGAGAGACUUGUCUGAUCCCCUCUUCCUGCUCCUGGCCUGCCUUGGAGAACUGGGGCCAGCUCUAUUCCCUCCUGUCCCCAGAGGCCUUUCUAGGCCCUUCCAAGCCCUCGGAGAGCAUUCAGGUGACUGCCGGCAGCCACCUUACCACUGCGGACCCUUAGGGUCUGCAAAAUAGCCAUGCCUUCAUACAGUACCAUGACCAACACCUUCCAAUGA